AUGGCCGCAGACGACUCGGGCGCGCCGUGGGAGGAGCUUCGGCGCGAGGCGCGGAAGCUGGAGGGCGACCUGGACGUGAAGCUGUCGUCGUACGCCAAGCUCUGCAGCAUGCUGUCGCAUAGCGGAUACGGCGAGGGGGGCGAGGGCGGCAGCGAGGGGUCGGUGGUGGCGGUGGAAAAGGCGAUAGAGGCGCAGCUGCAGCGGCUUGCGGACACCAACAACCGCAUGGCGCGCUGCUGCUCCGCUGCCGGUGGUGGUGUCGGUGGCGAGGGCACGGCUGCGACAGCGUCACUGUCUCAGAAAGUGGCUCGGCAUCGGGACAUCCUGCAGGAGUUCACUCAGGAGUUCCGGCGCACGAGGGGCAACCUGGCCAUGAUGAGGCAGCAUGCGGAGCUGCUCUCGUCCUCGCGUGCUUCCACCACUGCCACCGCCGACCUUCUUGUGCCAUCUGGGUCCAACAGUCAAAGCCAAUUGCUGGAGAGGCGAGCAAUCCACGGCAACAUAGCUCAGAUGGACGAGCUCAUCUCACAUGCAGCGAGCACCAAGGCAGCUCUGGCGUCGCAGCGAUCGCUCUUUGCGAGCAUUCAGGGCCGCAUCAAGCUGCUCUCCGACCGCUUCCCGCUUCUUAGAAGCGUGCUGGGGGCUAUUCGGCGAAAGAAGUCGCGCGACACUCUCAUUCUCGGGGCAGUCAUUGCAGCAUGCACCACGUUCCUCAUUAUAUACUGGCUCAGGAAAUGA